UUCAAAAAUCCCAAAAAAAAAUUCCCUGGGAUUUAAGGAAGAUUAAAAGAUGGGGUUUUGCAAAUUUUCAACCUGCCCACUUUCUCUCUCCUCACUCUCUCAACUCUGCCACUCCACUCUAGAUCCGCCGCCGCACCUCAGCCCCACCAACCACCGUCUUCCAUCAGUCCCAGAAAAUGUUGAUAUUGUAAUUUCGGGUACCCUUUGAUCCAACCGGAAAACGGGGACUUGAGUAUUUCUGGUCCCUGUCAUCAAAAUAAAAAAAAAACAAAACAGUGACAUUACUUUCUCUCUCAUCGACAAAUUGAAAGUCACUGUCUCACACUCUCACUGAAACCGUCACACCCCCACACCGGCACACCGCUGCCGCCGCACCUUCCAGCCACCGCCCAUAGCCCAGUGGCCCACCGCACGUCCGCACAGCCGCACUCCUACAGCCUUCUAGAUCUAGGUUCAGAUCACUGUAUCAUAACGUAUAAGUCCAAAGCAGUAGUUGGUUAGCAAUAUGUUUGCUGCAAAAUCUCCCUCUAUUCCUCCUCUUUCGUUCUCAGAGAAGUCCUUAAAAUGUCCAAACUACUGCCUCAAGCUCCGUUUACCCUUUACUAGUGCCCAUCCAGCAAACAAAAAUUCCACGCACCGUUGCUUACCAUGUAUUAGAUCGUCACUUUCUCUGGACCUUGAUAAAUCAGUAACUGAAUAUACUCCUGCUCAGACCCGAGUUGAUAUCCUAGCAGAGUCACUCCCAUACCUUCAAAAAUUCCGAGGUAAAACCAUUGUUGUCAAGUAUGGCGGGGCAGCCAUGAAAUCUGAAUCUCUUCAAGCAUCAGUAAUUAAUGACCUUGUACUUCUCUCAUGUGUGGGCAUUCGCCCUAUUUUUGUACAUGGGGGUGGUCCUGAAAUUAACCAAUGGCUUGACCGCAUUGGCCUCAAACCGAACUUCCUCAAUGGUCUUCGAGUCACUGAUGCAUCCACUAUGGAGAUAGUCACAAUGGUUCUUGUGGGCAAGGUCAAUAAACAUUUAGUCUCUCUCAUAAAUAAGGCUGGGGCAACUGCUGUUGGCCUGUCCGGUUUAGAUGGACGUCUCCUCACUGCACGUCCAUCCCCCAAAGCUGCCGAACUUGGGUUUGUGGGGGAGGUUGCUGUUGUGGAUCCCACUGUCCUUCGGCCAUUAGUGGAAAAUAAUCACAUUCCUGUGAUUGCGUCAGUUGCAGCCGAUGAGAAAGGGCAGUCCUAUAAUAUCAAUGCAGACACUGUGGCAGGGGAACUGGCAGCUGCAUUGGGUGCUGAAAAGCUUAUAUUGUUAACUGAUGUUGCGGGCAUUUUGGAAGAUAAAGAUGAUCCGGGUAGUUUAGUGAAGGAGAUUGACAUUGCCGGGGUAAGGAAGAUGGUUUCAGAAGGGAAGGUUGCCGGUGGGAUGAUCCCGAAAGUCAACUGUUGUAUUAGGUCACUGGCUCAAGGAGUUAGAACAGCAAGUAUAAUCGAUGGUAGGGUUCAACAUUCUCUGCUGUUGGAAAUUUUGACCGAUGAAGGGGCUGGAACCAUGAUCACUGGCUGAUGUUUAUGUUCCGCUCUCAUUUGUUUUAAUCUCCUGUGUUUUCUUUUGUUUCUUUCCCAUGUUUAAAGGAGCUAAAAUGGGUUAGAUUACUGUACUAUGUAGAAUGCAAUUUUGAAGCUGAUUAAAUUCCUACUUGCAUGAUAUUUGUAGUGCAGAAGUAAUCGUUUCAGGAGCACUGUAGCUACAGCCCGUGGGCUAAUUUGUGCUCGACCAGAUUUUCUGCUCUUUUUCUUUGGAUGGAAGUAGCCAAAAUCAUGUUGGUUUUGGGCAUCAGUGCAUCAAAUGGCUUGAUUUAUUACUCGUAGAAGAUUUUGGCUGGGCCACAACUAAA